CUUUACUUGGUUUAACCACAAAUGUUCUUCCCUUACUGUUUUUACUUAAAUCCAUAAAGUUUGUUUGCGUUUGCGUUAGGAUCCUACCUUUUUGCUAAAAGUUCUUAGCUUUUUCUGCGUUUUUAGCAAUAGAUCCCCCGAAAAGUAACUUUUUAAUUGAUAGCUGGAUUCGUGGAAUUUUAUUAUUUAGGUUCUUUUUUUUUUGUUUCCUUCACUUUAUUUUCUCUUGUUCUUCAAGCGUUGAUGGAUUUUUUUCUCGUUUUUAUUAUUUAAUUUUUAUAAAAUGAGAAGAGAAUUGAAGAAGCCGAAUCUUAUUCAUCGAUGGGACUUGUGGUUUCAUCAUACUCUGUCAAGAUGCAUCUGAAGGCCCCUGAACACCAGGUUGCAGGACACAUUGCUAAAGAUGGGAAGCCCGGUCCCCUUGUCGACGACAAGGGCAGGUUCUUCAAGCCCCUCCAGGGGGAUUCUCGUGGCGAAAUCGAGGUGAAGUUCUACGAAUCUUUCUCCUCAAACACAGAGAUUCCAGAUCACAUCCGUAGAUACUUCCCUGUCUAUCACGGCACUCAAGCUGUCGAAGGCUCUGAUGGAGCAGCCAUGAUUGUCCUGGAGAAUCUUCUCUCCCAGUACUCUAAGCCAUCGGUGAUGGAUGUCAAGAUGGGCUCAAGAACAUGGUACCCUGAAGCAUCCGAAGAAUACAUCCAAAAAUGCUUAAGGAAAGACGCUAGGAGCACCACGGUCUCCUCCGGUUUCAGGAUCUCUGGCUUCGAGGUGUAUGACCACAAAGAGCUGAGUUUCUGGAAGCCAGACAGGAAGCUUCUGAACGGGAUCAAAGUCGACGGCGUGAGGUUGGCUCUUCGGAAGUUUGUAUCAUCCAACACACUCUCUGACACAAGUUCGAAGCCCGACUCUGCUUUUGCGUCAAGCGUCUACGGAGGUUCCAACGGGGUCUUGACGCAGCUGCUGGAGCUCAAGACCUGGUUUGAGAACCAGACGUUUUACCAUUUCAACUCGUGUUCGAUUCUGAUAAUCUAUGAGAACGAAUCCAUACACGAUGAUGGUGCUCGAGCACAAGUGAAGCUGGUGGAUUUCGCUCAUGUUCAUGAUGGUAACGGCGUCAUUGACCAUAACUUCUUGGGUGGGCUCUGCUCUUUCAUCAACUUCGUUCGUGAUAUUCUUCAGAGCUCAGAUGAGUCUACAGAUAACUGAAGAGUGUGCAUACGUGCCACUGAAGGGUAUUAGAUUUAAAGGUUUUUUUUUAUAUAUAUUAUUACUUUUGGGUUGGCUGAUUCAUUUUUGGAUUUGUAAUACCAUGUCUCCCUCGAAUAUUCUUGGUUAUCUAAAGAGUAUACAUACAUUAGUACUACUCUUUUAUCUUCAGUUCAUAUAUUCUAAGUUUUCAA